UUGACAACCGCAUAAGAGAGCAAUCCACCGGUGUUUAUUUUUAGAAGCUCCCGGCCGCUGCGUGCUGCUCUCCUUCAACGCACUCUCCCAUGUUGCUCCGGUCAAUAAUUCAUACGCUGUAGGCCUGCAGCGAAGAGUCACAGAGCAGGCUGCAACAGCUCCGAGCCACAGGACGCAAAGAAAGCGCGCGGGGUGCGUACCGCCGCACGAGCGAUGCCGCCCAAAACUGAUGAGCUUAAGUGCCGCUACCAUGCCCCACGUACGAGGUUAAACCACAGUUGCCUUGUUGUUGAACGUGUUAUAAACUCGCCCUGCCUUGAUGUCCAGGAAGCUCCCUGACUCUCACAAAGCCCAGCCACGGGCCAUGACCACAGAGUACCAGGAGAGGUUCCUCCCCCCACGCUGCUACACGGCUAUCAUCUCGACCUCAAUGCAGAGAGACCCUUACCAUUCACUGAAGGGGAUGAGUGCCGAUAUGAGCACAUACACAAGAUCAUACUAUGUGGACAAAUGGAUGAAGACUCCACCAAAGGCGUCACAGCCACCUAAAGACAACCAGAAAUGCACCAGCGCUCCACACAAUCCUGUGCGCGCUAGAGCGAACCAGAUGGAAUCCAAGGAAGAGGACUACAUUUCAGUGUACAAACAUGACUUCAGAACAUGGAAAGUUAACAUGCGCCGGCCAUAUAAGCUGCAUGACGGCUUGAAGGUGAACCAAGGAUUAAUUGUCACAAACAGUGAGGGUUGCUUCCAGAAAAAAUCCGUCCAAGUUGAAGUUAACUCUAAACCAGUCCCACAGGAGCGAGAACCUCAACAUUUUGAAAGCAUCACCAGCUACAGGUCUGAUUACGUCACCCAUCCGCUGCAGCCCAGGACAGGCCGGGAGAAGCCAGUGUACCAAACCAACAAACGUCUGCCAUUAGAGCAUGGAACUCCCUCGGGACCAAACAUGGCUUGGGACAUAAACCACAAAGUUUUUGACAAAGCCAGUGAAUUCUUUGAGCAAUUCAAGACCCGGUCCCUUGAAACCAACUUCCACGGCGAAGGCAAAGCCAAAGAAUCCAGUCCACAAGCAGAGCACAGUGAGUUCCUCUCCACAACACAUGCGGACUACAAGGCACACAAGUGCCAGCGCACCAAACCAGUCCUGCCACCUAUGCAUACCAUUAAGAAAAGCAUGAAGCCCUUUCAGGGAACGACUACCAUGAAGGAGGAUUACAAAGCGUGGGACACACCGCAACGCACCCCCAUAGUCCACAAAGAAGAGCUAGACUGGCCCAUGAAAACCAGCUUUUCAGUGUGCAUACCCAAGCCUGCUGAGCACUGCAAAACAAACCCAAAGCCUUUUAAUUACAGCUGCAAUGCCACACAGAAACCCCAACGUCCUGUUGAAAAUGGCACAUUUUCCAGCUUUACAUGCAUCUCCACUGGGACUGAAGAAUCCAGGAGAUACUGGACCACCUCUUUGGACAGAGGAGUGACUUGGCCCGACGGUGACGCACGUAAGGAGCCAUCUGAGAGCCACCAAAUAAUCAGCAGCAUGGUUUCUAGCAGAAACUAAGGUUUGCUGGAGCCCAGGAUGACGACGAGAUGCGGUGCUGCCACACGUCACGUCGGGCCAUUCCUACCUUUACACCAAUAAAAGCCAUAAAUGGAAGUGA